GACAGAGCCUGUCAGAAGGACGGAUCGGUGCCGUGCAGCGCUAGCUCAGGAAAGAUGUUGACCAAUAUCUCUAACGUCCUGAGGGCUUGCGCUCAGAGGAAUGGGGGCGCAGUGGUCAUGUCAGCACGUACGUACGCUGACUUCACAUCCCAGGCUACAUUUGAAAUAAAGAAAUGUGACGUCUACAAGAUGGAAGAGACUCCAGCCACUGAGGUGGUUAUGACUCGUGAGGAGGGUCUGCAUUACUACCGCACCAUGCAGAUCAUGAGGCGUAUGGAGUUGAAGGCAGAUCAGCUGUAUAAGCAGAAGAUCAUCAGAGGAUUCUGCCACUUGUAUGAUGGCCAGGAAGCCUGUGCAGUUGGUAUUGAAGCAUCAAUUAAUCUGUCAGACCACCUGAUCACUGCGUACCGCUCCCACGGCUACACCUACACCAGAGGAGGGACUGUGAAGCAGAUCAUGGCAGAGCUCACAGGGCGAAGAGGUGGUAUUGCGAAGGGCAAAGGAGGCUCUAUGCACAUGUACACUGACAACUUCUAUGGAGGAAAUGGAAUUGUCGGAGCACAGGUCCCCUUGGGUGCUGGUGUGGCUCUGGCCUGCAAGUUUAAGGAAAACAACCAACUGUGUGUCUGUCUCUAUGGUGACGGUGCCGCCAACCAGGGUCAAAUCUUUGAGACCUACAACAUGGCAGCACUUUGGAAGUUGCCUCUCAUCUUCGUCUGUGAGAACAACAGGUAUGGUAUGGGUACAUCGGUGGAGCGAGCUGCAGCCAGCACGGACUACUACAAGAGAGGAGAAUUCAUUCCUGGUCUCAGGGUGGAUGGGAUGGAUAUUCUCUGUGUUCGGGAAGCAACUAGGGUUGCAGCUGAGCACUGCCGCGCUGGGAAGGGUCCUGUUCUCAUGGAGCUCCAGACCUACCGCUAUCAUGGACACAGUAUGAGUGACCCUGGUGUCAGCUACCGCACACGUGAGGAGAUCCAGGAGGUCCGCAGCAAGAGUGAUCCUAUCUCCCUGCUGAAGGACCGCAUGCUCAGCAACAACAUGGCCAGCGUGGAGGAGCUCAAGGAGAUUGAUAUUGAGGUGAGGAAGGAAAUUGAAGAGGCUGCUCAGUAUGCCACCACAGAUCCUGAACCCCCACUGGAAGAAUUGUGCAACCACAUCUUCGCCAACAACCCACCAAUGGAGGUGCGCGGCACAAGCCCAUGGUCCAAGCUGAAGUCUGUUAGCUAAAGUUUUUUCAUGACCUCACACACUCUUUAUAAUGUAUACCUCCCUUGCCACUACACAUACACACACAUCAUAUAUUGUGCCUCAGACCCAGAGCUUAAAUUUCAGCACUGUACAUUGAAACAGCUGGGGCCAUGUUCGCAAAGAUGUCCAGAAAAUAAAACAAUUGACAAGAAUAUUAAAUGGAUAAACCUUUUUUUUUUUUUUUAAAUGUGUGCUAAUUAUCUUGUUAGUUCCCCCUCUUUACAUUAUUACUGUUGACACCAGACAACAGUGCUCUUUGGUCUACCUUCAGAAAAAACAUUUACUGCCAUUCAUUUUUGCAGGUUAACUACAUAAAUUAUUACAGUUAACACAAAGCCUUACAGACUAUUAUAAAUUAAUAAGCACUUAACUUUUAACUUCUGAAGGUUUAUAGAAAAUCCGGCCCCAGGUGAAUAUAUUUGGUAGAUCCUAAAUUUGAGUGUUGGAUAGAUUUGAUUACCUCGGGUUACUUUUGAGGCUUAUCCUUGCUCAUCUCAAUAAGCGACCGACCUGUAAAAAAAAUGGCUUUGUACUCUUUAUACUUAAGUGUACACGAUAAAUCAUUCAAUUGGGGUAAUCGGCUCUUGCCAUUUUUUUUUUUUUUUAUCCCAUUUUACAGGCAACACAAACAGGCAGCAACUUAAAGACAAACAUUCUUGUGACUGUUGUUGCCAUCAAUAUGUCUCUGCAUAUGUUGCUUUCAAUAUACUGUAUGUAAGAAAGAAAGGAUUUCCAAGGGAAAGGUUUGAAAAAAAUUAACAUUUAUCUUGCCAAACCAAACAUGUGCCUGGCAGAUCUGGUCCUGUUUAGAAGAAGAAAGAGUCGUCUCAUGUUUGUGUCACACUAGAAGCUGAGCAGCUAAUUCGAUGCAUCUAGAUGUUCGAAGAUGCCUUCAGACUGUGUUUACAUUCAGUUGGUUAUUUUGCAGGUGCAUUUCUGAGUUUCAUGUCGCAAACAUCGACAGUUCAUUUAUAUUUAUUUGGAGAAGCUCUUGAAUGGUAUAUUUAUUAUCCUAAACAGUUACGUUCAAAAUGACCACAAGCUCAACCGUCUGUUGCCUGCAGUGAACAUAAACACAAUGCAUUCAUCAGCAAAGUUUCACUAUUCACAUUCAUAUUCCAAUCAAAGAAAGAUGUUGGGUUAACUAUUGUUGGGGCGGUAGCUUUAUGUGCUACUUAUGUUGUAUUGCUAAAAAGGUGUUUUGGGAUUGUAACAUAUCAGCAGUGAUACAUUAUCAGUUCAAAUGUAUAGGGAUACAUGGACACUUUAAAUUUCAGUCAUUAAAUAUCUGUCAUUGGUUUUCUUUUUCGUUAUUGGUAUUCAUAAAAAGUGUAACUAUGCUUGUAACUCCUUUUGAAGGGUACCAGAAGGGAAGGGUCUUUUCUCUGUAUGUGAAAAGUAUUUAAUCAAAUAAGAAGACUGACUUAAAUUUAAAAUGUCAUUACUUGUCUUACCAUUGCUGAAUAUACAGUCUGGGUAUUGGUAAACUGUUACAUUGAAGCAGGCAGAUGAUGCAAGGAAACACUCCAUGGACUGGUUUUAUGUGAGCGCCAUUGUAAUAAAGUCUGUCAGGUA